UCUCGGCUUGUUGUUUCAUUCAUCUCACCACAACGCUCAUCCAUCCAUCGUCAAAACAUGUCUAAGAGCGCAUAUGUCGGCCGUCUGCCCCAGGGCGUAAGCAAGCAGGAACUUGAGGAUCACUUCAAGACCUUUGGCCGCGUGGUCGAGGUCCGCCUCAUGUCCAACUUUGGCUUUGUCGAGUUCGAGACUGUUGAUGAUGUAGAGGCUGCCUGCCGCGGCCUCGACGGCAAGGACUUCAUGGGCGAGAGGCUCAUUGUCGAGCGUGCGCGUGACUCUUCGCGUCGCCGCGACGCCUAUGACCCGAUGGGCCGUCCCCCUCCUCGUGGCCCUCCUCGCGGCCGUGGCGUUCGCGUCUCGGUAGUUGGCAUCAACCAGUCGACCAGUUGGCAGGACCUCAAGGACUUCGGUCGUCAAGGAUGCGAGAACGUCAUGUACGCCGACAUCGACCACUACACGGGCAACGGUGUCAUCGAGUUCCCCAGCAUGGCGGACGCCGAGGACGCCAUCCGCCGCCUUUCGGGCUCUGAAAUCCAGGGUGUACCCGUCAAGCUUGAGCUUCAGGCUGUAAGAUCAAUACUGAGACGAGGCUAAUUAUUCAGGACGGCGGCCGUGACGACCGCGGGCCGCCCCCCCGUGACUUUGGUCGCUACGACGACCGCCCGCCGCGCCGUGACUACGACCGCUAUGACGACCGUCCGCCGCGCCGCGACUAUGACGACCGCGACCGCCGUUACGAUGACCGUCCCCCUCGCCGCGACUUUGACCGCCGCGGUGGCGGCGGUGGCGGGUUUGAGGACCGCCGCGGUGGUGGUGGCGGCUUCGAGGACCGCCGCGGUGGUGGUGGUGGUGGUGGUGGUGGUGGUGGUGGUGGGUUCGAGGAUCGCCGUGGUAGCGACCGCGAGGACCGCGGUGGUUACAGCGGCGGCGGUGGCGGCGGUGGCGGCCGUGACCGCUCGCCCC